UUCGACGGUUUAUAGCACGAAAAUGACUGCCUCGGCGACUCAGGGCUGUUGUGUCAUUUGUUUUGCAUGCCCCAGGCAUUAAUCACAUCGCCUUACCUCCGAACUCCGACACUUCAGUUCUACAAUAUCCCAUUCACCCCUAUUCCCUCCAUGGUCUGGGAGAAUGUCAUCCUCUCUCUGCGCCCCUAGGGCCCUCGUCACUCGAUCCCAUCCUCUAGUCUCCUUCUCUCUUACAUCAGCUACUCAACGACAUGACCUUUGGCGUUGUGGCGUCUACCUCGCUUUCCGUGGCUACGCCUUAUCUUCCAAAACUCAUACACGCCCCUCAUCCUCUGCCCAGCCUUCCACAUCCACAGUCCCUUCCACAUCCUCAACCGUAACGACAUCUUUAGCCAAUGAUGUCAACCCGCCACCCAGCACUCGCCCGGCAGAUCUCAACCUUCCAGACCCAGCCUCACCCUCCACCGCAGCGGCCGAUAAGCUCAAGCGCUAUGUCGCAAUGGGACGCGCAUACUUAUCUUUCUACAAGACCGGUCUCAAAAAUGUUUACCAUAACUAUCGCGCCUCAGUGCCCAUUCGUCGCUCGCUCGGUCUCCCCCCGUACCUUCCCAUCUCUCCUCCGCCUGCGUCAUCACCCAGCAGUUCCCAGGACAAAAAGAGCGCUGCGUUCCACAAGGCGAUCGAGUCGGUUCAACUCAGCCGCUCAAGCUUCCAAUUGGUCCGACGCGCCGCCUACGAUGUCCGGCGCAUGAUCCCUUUCACAUUGAUCCUUAUCGUGUGCGGGGAGUUGACCCCCUUGGCUGUCCUGGCUUUCGGCAAUGCUGUCACGCCAUUCACCUGUCGCGUCCCACGGCAGAUUGAGAAGGACCGCAUCCAGUGGAUGGGCCGGAAGCGCGCUGCCUUGGUGGCGCAGCAGGCGGCGACAGAUGGAUCUAUUACGCCGCCUGCCACGGGAUCCGAUCAGGAGCUGGAUCUUCUGGUUAAGGUGUAUACAAAUCCUGAAUGGAUCGAGCGUGCGAGCGCCGAGGAGAUCCUGCGUGCGUGCGCGGUGUUGAAUCUGGUGAAGGCGCAUACCAGACCUUCCGGAUUGGUGACAUUGUAUCGGGCGAGGUUGCGACGGUAUGCAGAAUACUUGCGCUUAGAUGAUCAGUUGAUUCAACGCUGUGGGGGUGUUCCGGCGAUGGAGAGUGUGGAGGUUAAAAUUGCGGUUGAGGAGCGCGGUGGUGUCGGUGUGGCGGAAGGUAAAGAGGGUUGGGAUGCAGAGAGGGAUGAGCGACGGUGGCUGGAAAAGUGGUUGGAGAGGAGGUAAGUUCCCGCAUUGAAUAAUAUGUACUCUCUAGAUUCAGUGUACUUUGUAAAUUAGCGGGUCUGGUUCAAAAUCGGUAGAUGCAGAUAUCUAGAUACAAUUGCUUUGUUUUCCCUUUGUAUCGAACAAUUACCAUUGCAAGUCCAGAUAUCUACUGUACAAUAAAUGGUCAGUUUACGCUCGCUCAUUUAUCGCCAUAUGCCC